AAUUGGAGGCUUCCUGCGGCGCCUCUGGUUGCUGAGGACUGUGACAGUGCCACGCUUCUCGAGUGGGCGGGGAAACUCUUUAUGGCCACCUCCGGAUUUUCUUCUCAGUGGCGGCGCAGGGUCUUCGAAUCCGGUGACGGGGGAAAAACGUGGAGAGAGGCCGCCGGGCCGGUCUUGCGCCUGUUGGGCGACGCCUACGCAUUGACGACGGUCCACGUUGCUUCCGACCUCAUGACUGCAACCAUUGCGGGCAGGAGUGUGCUGCUGUACACCACGCUGUCGGAGCAUAGUGUUGGGCGCCAAACGCACCACUUCCUCCACCUGUGGCUCUCCGACGGUGCUCGGACCCACGAUGUUGGGCCAAUAUCUACUGCUGCUGAGGCGGGGCACGCCCCCUUCAGCUCGCUGCUGUACACAAGAGAUGAGUUGUUUGCCCUCUACGCGAAGAAAGGCCCGGUUGAACGCUCAGACAUUCUUGUUCUUGCGCGACUCCCAGAGCAGCUGCAGCGGAUCAAGGGCGUGCUGCAAACUUGGAAGGAUGUGGACGCCAGAGUCGCAAAGCUUUGCGGCCCCGCCGCCGCCCCCGCUGCUGCCUGCGUCGGUGCGAUGCCAACGGACGGGCUGGUUGGGUUUUUGUCGAACAAUGGCAACAAUACCCACUGGAAGGACGAGUACCUUGGGGUGGGCGCCACGGUGUAUAAAGGGGCAAAGAAGGUCGAUAAUGGCUUUGAGCUGGCGGGGCGUGGUGCAUCGAUUGUGUGGCCGGCGGGCGGAGGCGAGGAAGGCCCAGGGCACGGUCCUCUGGGCGAAGAGGUGACUCUUGUGGCGACGGUGACCAUCAACAAAGCGCCACCGACCGCCACCCCACUGCUGGGCGUGGGGACAACGUUCACUGGGCUAUAUCUGGGGCUGUGGUACGACGAGCAGAAGCGCUGGAGGACGAAGCUCAGAGCAGAAGCAGGAGGGAGCACACAAACACUGGCGUGGGAGGAGGGGAGGGCAUACCGAGUGGUGCUCACGGUGGAAAACGGCGGCGGCUCGGCAUACGUCGACGGGCGGCUUGUGGGGAGUUUGGAGGGAAAGCGUCCGGCGGGUUUGGCUGCUUCGCCUGAGAUUGCGCUUGAGUCUGACGAACCUCCGCCGGGGCGGGGGCCGCGGGACAUGCCACCGGAGAGGGUCUCGCACAUCCUCGUUGGGGACUAUGGGGACAGAGAAGCAACCUUUGAGGGCCGCGUGGCGGUGACGAACGUCUUGCUGUACAACCGCUGCUUCAACGCCGGUGAGGUUGCCGCUCUGAAAAGGAAGGAGGAGGAAGAGGAGGCCAGCGUGACGGAACCGGGGGAGGCGCCUCGCACCGCCGCAUCCGCCGCCAGUGACCCGACGAACUCUGCGCGCGACGAGGCUGCAGCAACUGGCGGCGUGGCCGAGGAGCCGUCAGUGGCGGCCGGCACUGGCCCCGCGACGACCGACGCGGCUGGGAGUUCUGCGUGGGAUGCGUCGGUGCCGCGCGGUGCUCCGGCGCCGGACCUCAGCAACGCCUCCGCCGCACUUGCAAAGGAGGCUGCGGGCACAGUGCAGAGGGAGGCUGGGGGCGGCGACGGUACUGUGCGUGGGCGUGUGUCUGCGGCGCUCUCGCUGCUUGUGCUUGCGCUGUGGGCCCUCUCCGCGCUGUGCUGA